AUGCCUCGGGUGGGCCUACAGCUCCUGACCGAGACAGCGCCCCUGCUGUGCGGCUCCGGCGGACCCAGCGGGGCAGCCUGUGGCCCAGGAGCGGCUGAAGCUGGCACGGUGCUGAGGCCACGGGAGUUCACUUCCCAUCGGGGCGAGGAGCCAGAGGAGGCCGUGGCUGCUGCAAGGUCAGUGCCAGACGCUGGCCCAGCCCGAGGGCCAGUGACCUUCACAGCCCUACCGCCCACUGCCGCCCUGGGGUCCCGUCCCCCCGGUCCUGACUCCUGCCCCGGGGCCCCUCCUCAUGGCCCCGCUGACCUUAGCUCGGGGCUCCCCAGUCCGCCCUCGGCAUGCCCGGGGCCUGAGCGCCUGGACCCGCUGUGCCAGGUGCCGGCAGAGGAGAGGCCGGACGGCCAGGCCCUCGGGAGCCCUGGGGGUGCCAGGUGUCUGGACAGCGAGCCCCUGCUGGGGACCACAGCGGCAGCCCCCCCCUGGGCUGGGCCCACAGGGGAGGAGGAGGAAGAGGAGGAGGAGGAGUGUCCCAUCUGCACAGAGCCCUACGGGCCCGCUGGGCACCGCCUGGCCCUGCUGAACUGUGGCCACGGCCUGUGCUCGGGCUGCUUGCAGCAGCUGCUGGGCUCGGCCCCCAGCGCCGACCUGGGCCGCGUGCGCUGCCCGCUGUGCCGCCAGAAGACGCCCAUGCUGGAGUGGGCGAUCUGCCGGCUGCAGGAGGAGCUGCUGCAGGCCGACGGGCCCCCGCGGCCCCCGAGCCCGGCGCCCCCCGCCCCACCCCGCCGGGGCCCGGGGCCCUGGGCCUCCCUGGAGCACCGCUACCAACUGCGCUUCCUGGCGGGGCCCGUGGGCGUCCAGGGCUGCCUGCCCUUCCUGCCCUGCCCGCCCUGCCUGGGCGCCUGGCUGUGGGCGCUGCGGGAGCGGGGGCCCUGCGCCCGCCGCCUGGCGCUGCUGGGCCUGCUGGGCCUCGAGCUGCUGGGGCUGCUGCUGGUCUUCACGCCUCUCAUGCUGCUGGGGCUGCUGUUCAUGCUGCUGGACCGCGCCGGCCACUGAGCGCCCGAGCGGGCCCGUGCCUCCGCCCGCACCGCCCGAGGCGCUGAUGGCCACGUCCUGCAGGCCUGGUGCGCGGGGCCGCGCCUGGAGGAGCACCUUGCCCUGAGCCUGGUGACCAAGGCUGACCGGGCCUGGCCUUCGAUCAUGACCCAAGCUGGGCCCAGCUCACCCAGGAGCCUCUGUGCAGCCCCUGACUCUGAACCACUGCUGUCAGACAGUGCCCGCGGCGCCCAAGGACAGGCUGGAAGGUUCGUGGCAGGGCCCCAGCUCCCCUCGGGGACAGGCACCACCCGGCGUGUCUGAGGCUCAGAGGACAUCGUG